AUGGAUGCUUUCAGAUUGUUGACUCGGUCAACAAAAUUCAAGUCGGCCGCUGGGCCGGCUGCAGAAUCUGCAGCUCGUUUACCCUCCGCGGGCAAAGCGGCAAACCCACAGCUCUUCCGGACCGUUGCGGGCGAAAAGCUCGAGUCGCAGAAGAGUAGCAAGAAAAGAAAAAGAGUGCCUUGUUCCGAAGACAAAGAGGGUGAGGAUGUUGCGGAUCUGGACUUUUUCCAUUCCACAAAACGCUCUGCAACAGCGAAGGAAGAAGCCUCCGCAGACGCCAAGGACCACCAGGGCCAGAGACCCGAUCUCGAUGAUGAGGAGGAUGAGGAGGAUUCGAUGGACGAAGUCGAGCGUCGCACUAUCUUGAACUCGCAUAAGAUCAAAGUGACAGAUAUGCGCGACUUGGAUCAGAUCCAGCCUCAGCCGGAACCGGCCAAGGCAUCUAAGAAGAAAGAGAAGAAGCAGAAGAAGGACAAGACGCCCGUUCUCAGCAAGAAGGAGCAAAAGCGCGCACGGCGCUUGUACCCGCAGCCGCUGACUUCGUUCAAGGAGCUGCGCUCUAAAUACAAGAUUUCCCGACGGUUGGCAGAGAACGUCGCCGAUCAAGGGUUUACAGUGCCCACGGAAGUGCAGCUGGGAACUCUGCCUCUGUUAUUGGGCGAUCAUACAGCCUCGACUGAAGAUAGUGCCUCAGAACCAGAUUUGCUGGUCGUGGCGCCUACAGGUAGUGGAAAGACACUUUCAUUCCUGAUUCCAGUGAUCAACAAGAUUGUCCGGCACCACCACUCACAAACCGACGAGCAUGGGAUUUUGGCGGUGGUCGUGGCGCCAACCAAAGAGCUUGCAAGCCAGAUUGUCAAUGAAGGCCGCAAGCUAGUGGCGGGAACUGGCGUGAAAAUCACUUUAAUGAAGAAGGGUAUGCGAGUUGUGGAUCGGGAUGGCCAAGGUGACGCCGAUGUUCUUAACGAGGACAGUGAUGUCUCCUCGGCAUCCGACGAAGAGGAAGAUGACAGCAAACCAAAGAAGGCCCAGAAAAACACACCUCUCACUAAGAGUGACAUCCUCGUCACCACGCCUCUACAGCUGGUCAAUGCAUUGUCGUUAAACCAAACUGCCAGUAUGGCAAAUCUACCCUUAGUCCGAAGCUUGGUUCUCGACGAAGCAGACGUACUACUGGAUCCGCUUUUCCGAGAACAAACACUUGACAUCUGGCGCUCGUGUGUUCACCCGGAGCUUCGUGUGAGCCUCUGGUCCGCUACCAUGGGCUCCAAUGUCGAAGAUCUUACCCGAUCAACCAUCAAAGAGCGACUAGAAGACCUUGGUCUACCAAGUGCCACGCUUCAUCCACUCGUGCGCCUCGUUGUUGGCCUGAAGGACUCCGCAAUCCCUAAUAUCGACCACCGACUGGUCUACGCCGCGACGGAGCAAGGAAAGCUGCUUGGUCUUCGCCAGCUCCUUCGCCCGACAGCGGCCACAGCUUCAGAUGUCCGCCUCCGACCACCAUUCCUCAUUUUUACGCAAACGAUUCCCCGUGCUAUUGCUCUCCACUCUGAAUUGAAAUACGACAUUCCUGCCGAAGCUGGCGGCUCAUCACGUAUCGCUGUACUUCAUUCCGACCUCUCUGACAUCCAGCGGUCCGAUAUCAUGCGUGAUUUCCGCAAGGGCGAAAUUUGGAUUCUGGUGACCACCGAUCUUCUUGCUCGUGGUGUCGACUUCCGUGGUAUCAACGGCGUUGUAAACUACGAUAUUCCCAACUCUGCCGCCGUCUACGUACAUCGUGUCGGCCGAACGGGCCGUGCCGGUCGCGAGGGUGGUAUUGCGGUAACCUAUUACACUAAGGAGGACAUCCCCUACGUCAAGAGCAUUGCCAACAUUAUUGAUGUUAGCGAGAAACUCCGCGGAACUGAAGGCGAGAAGUCUAUCCAGAAGUGGCUACUUGAUUCUCUGCCAGAUCUCAGCAAGAAGGACAAGAAGGAGCUUAAGAAGCACGGUGUUAAGGCACGCCAGGUCUCCAAGCAGGUCGGCAAAGAUCAGGGUGACGGCAAGGGCACGCGUGGAAUGAGAAUUAGUACAAAGAGCGGAUUUGAGCGCCGCCUAGAGAACCGCAAGAAGGGUGCCAUCAAUGCCAGUCGCAACCGAAAAGCUAAUGCUGCUGCGGCCGAGGGCAAUGAAAGCGACGCUGGCAGCUGGGAGGGAAUGGAGGAUUAA